CGCUGACAAACAAUUUAUACAGCCGAAUAUUUGCUGCUGCUGUUCUGAAGUGAGUAGGUGCGAUCAAUUAAAUCGAAGACUCAGUAUUGUUUUUGGAAGCCGUGGUGAUAGUAGUAAGUGAAGUCUAAAGAUUUCAUCUAUUUUUGGGAUUUCAAAAAAAAGACAUUGUAUAUUUGUUAAACAUGAACAUAGCAGACACUGUUCAACAACUUCACACUGCAUUUGCAACAGGAAAAACUAGAAAUGUCGAAUUUAGGGAGAAACAACUCAAGAAUUUACUGCGAAUGUACGAAGAGAACCAUGACAAAAUGGCAAGAGUUUUGGCUCAGGACCUUCGGAAGCACAAGCAGGAGGCCUAUCUGAUGGAAAUUGACUACAUGAUAAACGAUCUGCGCAGCAUCAUAUUCAACCUUCGUGACUGGGCCAAGCCAGAGAAACCGAAGAAGACUUUCGUGAACAUGAUGGACGAAGUCAAGAUUUACAAUGAUCCGUACGGAGUUGUGUUGGUCAUCGGCGCGUGGAACUAUCCUCUGCAAGUGACACUAGUGCCGGUGGCUGCUGCUAUGGCUGCAGGUAACUGCGUCCUGAUCAAGCCCAGCGAAGUGGCUCCAGCUACGUCAAAGUUCAUAGCUGAGACCAUUCCAAAAUAUUUGGAUCAGGAGUGCUAUCGGGUAAUAGAAGGCGGAGUAAAGGAAACUUCGGAGAUUUUAAAACAGAAGUUUGAUCACGUCUUCUACACUGGAUCAGGUCGGGUUGGUAAGAUUAUUCACCAGGCAUGCUCCGAAAGCCUGACACCGUGUACACUUGAGCUGGGAGGCAAGAGUCCGUGCUACUUGGACAGUUCAGCAGAUAUUCCUAUUGCCACCAGACGAAUUCUGUGGGGCAAAUUUGUCAAUGUAGGUCAAACUUGCAUUGCUCCGGAUUAUGUUCUUUGUACGAAGGAUGUCCAGAAUAAGUUCCUGCAAGAGGCUACCUCAGUUCUAAAAGAAUGGUACGGAGAGAAUCCCCGACAAAGUCCAGAUUUAAGUCGCAUCAUCAAUGAGCAACAUUUUAAGCGUUUGAGUGCCAUGCUGCAGGGGGCAAAUGUAGCAAUUGGUGGAGAGACUGAUGCCAAUGACAAAUACAUCGCUCCAACUAUCGUAGUAGAUGCGAAAGACACAGAUUUGGUUAUGCAGGAUGAGAUAUUUGGUCCAAUUUUACCCAUCGUUAAUGUACAGAAUGCUUAUGAGGCUAUUCAGUUCAUCAAUUCUCGAGACAAGCCAUUGGCAAUGUACCUUUUCAGUAAAAACCAGGCGGACAGAGAGUUGAUCAUUUCAAACACAUCCUGCGGUGGAAUCUGUGUCAACGAUACUAUGGGACACUUUGCAGUUGAGACCCUGCCGUUCGGAGGUGUGGGCCCCAGUGGAAUGGGAUCCUAUCAUGGAAAGUAUGGGUUCGACACGUUUACGCACAAAAAAUCUUGCUUGGUGAAGAAUUUCAGUCCAGUUGGCGAGAAGUUGGCUUCGUCACGUUACCCUCCAUACUCCGACAAAAAACUGUCAUUCUUGAGCAUGUUGCUGAAGAAAAGACAAGGUUUUUCGUUAAAUUUACUACCAUACGCUCUAAUGUUUGGACUCGGAGUUGCUUCCGCAAUGCUCGUUAGAACCAUUUCAGAGAAGGAUGCCUAAGAGGUUAAUUGUAUGGAAAUUUCCAGCUAUUUUAGUAUCUAGGGAGUUGUAAAUAUAUACUACAAAAAUUG